GCGUUCCCUCGCGCACGCGCGCGGAGUGGGGGCGCGCCGGGCGCGGUGACGCUGCUGCGGCGGCGCGUGAGGCGCGCGAUUCCCCGCGUCUUGGGAGCAGUGCCCCGGCCCCCGCCACUCCUGCCGCCACCAUGUCGGGCCGGUCGGUCAGAGCCGAGACCCGCAGCCGGGCCAAGGACGACAUCAAGAAGGUGAUGGCGGCCAUCGAGAAAGUGCGGAAAUGGGAGAAAAAAUGGGUGACUGUGGGUGACACGUCCCUUAGGAUAUUUAAGUGGGUUCCUGUAACAGACAGCAAGGAGAAAGAAAAGUCAAAAUCGAACAGUUCGGCAGCCCGGGAACCUAAUGGUUUUCCUUCUGAUGCCUCAGCCAAUUCCUCUCUCCUUCUUGAAUUCCAGGAUGACAACAGCAACCAGAGCUCUGUGUCCGAUGUCUACCAGCUCAAGGUGGACAGCAGCACCAACUCCAGCCCCAGCCCCCAGCAGAGCGAGUCCCUGAGCCCUGCACACACCUCCGACUUCCGCACGGACGACUCCCAGCCCCCGACGCUGGGCCAGGAGAUCCUGGAGGGGGCACUGCCCUGCCUUUUCAGAGCCCUCCCUGCCGGCUUCAGAAGUUGCAGACGAGCCUCCCACCCUCACGAAGGAAGAGCCAGUUCCUGUGGAGGCGAAGGCCGCUGAGGAAGAGGAAGACUCGGGCGCCCCGCCCCUGAAACGCUUCUGCGUGGACCAGCCUGCAGUGCCGCAGACAGUGUCUGAGAGCUAGCACUCCCUGCCCACCCGCCCGCCUGCCAGCCUCCUUCUGGUCCGCGCCAUGCUGCGUCGCCCGGGUGUGGGCAAGCCGGGCACCUGAGGCCCAGCAUCGCAGCCUCCAGGCUGAGGGUUGACCCCGGCCUUGGGGUCACAGCUGCACUUUCCUACCCCGGCACCUCUGUCUGCUUACUCCUGUGAGGAGCUCUCGUGUCCUGCACCCCGAGUAGGCUGGCGCCUCAGCCACCCCAGGGCUCACCCGCCACCUCCAGGCCUCAGUCUUCGUCCUGGGGGCCCUGGGCUGAGCUGCUGGCGCUUCAGUGAGGAUGAAGAGCCAGCCUUGGAAGGCCUCUCCAGAGAGAAGGCCUGAGGUUACUUGAACGUGAAUGGAGUCAGAGUCAUGGACUUUCCCGUGGGGUGAGGGCGCCAUGGGAGGAGUGGGUGGAAACUUCCUUCAGAGGAAGGGAAGGGAAGGGAAGAGUCCCCUCCUGCGAGGUCCCUGUGGGUGUGUUGCUGUCUUGGCAAUUCUGCCCGCUCCAGAGGUUUCUCCCACCCCCGAUGGGCCGGCCCUCCUCUAGCUGCUGACAGUCCUCUGCCCCCCACCUGAGCCAGCCCCCACCCCACCCCUCAGCACACAUGCAGCGUUCCUGUCAUCACCCACACAUUUCAUCCCAGCGUCGUCCAUCGCCUGCUCCCAGCCACAGAUCCCAGAACUCCUGCUGCCAAUGCUGCCCCAGCAAGAAUCUCAAGCAAACAGUCCCCAUCCCCCUCAAGACUCCCUCAGUGCAGACUUUCUAGAGAAAGUUCCCGUUUUCUUUGAAAUCCGCAUGUCUAACUGAACUUUGUGAUUUUAUUUUUUUGUUCCAAAAAAAAUGUUUAAGAAAAUGGAAAUGGACAACAGCGAGUGAAGACAUAUUUUAGCAUCGAAUAGAAUAUUUUUAAAAUUAAACUAUUUGAAAUAUUU